GAGUGUCACACUUGAUGCUAAGCAACGAAAAUUAAAUGCAACAGAAACAGUAGACAGCAACUGUGCAGAAAUUUGAUAUGCCGUUAUAACUAACGUUAGUACUAGUACGGGUUAAAUAAUUAAAUCGCGAUGACUGACGUCAGAGAGCAGCUACUUUCUAUUGAGCAGAAGUAUAAACGUUUCACACAACAGCAAUUUAUAUUUAUAACGGCUCUUGAGCGCUCGAGGGAGCACGCGAGGGACAAAACUGAGCCCGUCUCCACCGUGACACAGGUCCAAAGGUACCUGAAUCACCACUGCAGCAAUUCCACAGACAGAAGCAUCUUCUUGCUCUUUUUGGAAAUUAUUUCUGAUCUUGAAGGCGUUUUAAAACAUCUGGAAUCUUCACUGUCCAGCAGAAGCACGUCCAGUGAGGGCCUGACUACUUGCAGGGAGCUCCUCAGCCCCAGCAGCAACAUCAGUCAGCUAAGGGCACACUACCCACACAACGAGAUAAACCGGCUGAGCUGUGAUGAAGCAAGAAACUUCUAUGGGGGGAUUGUGAGUGUGAUUCCACUGGCUCUAGACCUCCUCACCACCUACAGCAGAGGAGGUGCUCAGCACGUCACUCCAACAGCUACAGAAACAUCUUAAACAGUUACAAAAAACAUGGAGAUUGUUGCAGACCUUGUUGAAGAGACCAGUAAAAACCAGCCUGGAAGCCACCAGGAAAUUCAAGGAGAUAAAACACUUCUUCAAAGAAAAGUAUUAUUAAAUAUACAAUUACCAUUUUAAAAUGAAUGACUAUAACAAAAAUAUGCAAAACAUAUACAUUUUAUUUUAUUUUUUUGUUGUUGAUCAUAGCAAGUAGGAGAACACAAAUCUGUUUUCUCAAAUUGAAAAUAGAGUCCCUGUUUACCUGCUACACCGGUCACUGUCUGAUUGUACCAUAGUUCAGAUAACUUUCAACAAAUGACUUUAGGUGAUG